AUGACUCCGCUGAGAGCUCUGCAGGCCGCCAUUAUCGGGCAGCUCGCGCCUCGGCUGCCGCGGCCUCCAGUCAGAAGCCGGCGCGCGCCCCCGUGGUGCGCGGACACACCCCCUCGCGCCGGGCCCCGCCCCCUCCGGCUGUCCGGAGCGCGCGUGCGCCGCCGAGCGCCGCCUGCUGGGCGAGCGCCUCCCCUGCGCGCGCCGGCUCUUCCUGGGCUCCGGAGCCCCGCGCUGUGCAGAGAGCCGAGCCGAGCCGGCGGUGGGCGCGCUGCAGGGCGCACCACCGAUGCCCUGGCCCGCAGGGGUGGCGGCAGGGGACGGUCGCCCUCUGCCCCAGCAGGCGCAAGUCCCGGGACUUCGUGGGAAGCUGUGGCCACUGUCCCGGGCCGGCGGUGCACGUGCCCGGCCGCGGGCUGCCCUCCCGGUCCCCUGCCGACCUACCGAGCGGCGCCGGGCUGGAGUGCAGGGUUCGCUGCGGCCGGAUGCCCGGCACAUCUUCCUUGCGGGUGGCGGGACUGGGCGUCGGGCCCGCGGGGUGAUGCGGUCGGUGCUGGGAGAUUGCACCUUCUGUCCGAGUUACCUCGCCGUGUUUGCGGGCGGCGCAGUGGCCCAGGCGGCGACGCGGGACUGAGUGCGAGCAUCUGGGAGGACGCCGUCCCCUGCCCCACCUGCGCGGUGGUAUCUCCCUUAAAGAAGCCGGAACCUCAUUGUUCCCGGCGAAAACCCGUCCCUGCCUUUGGUGUAACGACCUCCGGAGAGUUUGUCCUGAGUGCCAUUCUGGUACUGGUGUCCACCAGUUUGCUGGGAAUGCUGACGUCACUCAGGACUUGUUUCCUGCCCUGGAAAGCAGCUGGGCAUGGGCAGCUCUGUCGACAGCGGCUACCAGUGUGACAGAAGGACGGAAUAGGAAGAGUUGUCUCGGUCAGAGUAGUCCUUCUGUUCACUGCAGUCAUUAAAUGUCACGAACUCCAAGGGACAUACCUGUUCUAGCUAUUUUCCUUUUGCUGUGAUUUAAAAAAACAAAACAAAACAUUGACCAAAAGACCAAAACCGCCGGCCGGUGGUGGCGCACGCCUGUAAUCCCAGCACU